AUGCACAACCCCACGCCAUCACCGUCCAACCCAGUUAAGAGUGGCAAGGAUCGUAACACGAGUUCGAAAAACGAGCGUCAAGCUAAUUCGCCUAGUAGUGCUUUCAGAACUAAUGUUAGAAAUACCCCUAAGAAAAUAACUUUUUCCUGUUCUUUUUGUCAAGGCAAACACUGCGGUAAGGUCUGCACGAAAUACAAUACUUUAGAGACUAGAAGAGCUCGUAUCAAUGAAUUACAACUAUGCUUUGGUUGUUUAAGAAAGGGUCAUCGUUUAUUUGAAUGUAACAGUAAGAGUAAGACAUAUUGUUUUAACUGUAUUGGUAAACAUCAUACAUUCUUAUGUGCUAGACUAUUACCUAAUUCUACGAGCAUUAAUGUAAAUUCGUCUCAGCAACCUUCUAGCACCAAAUCAGGUCAUAGUAGAGCUGAUAAUAAAUCUAUAGAAACAGCUCAAUCGCAGCCUAGUUUCAGUACUAGUCAGAAAUCAGUUGCCACGAGUAAUCAGAGUAAUUCUCAGAAUAAUGUUAACAGUAAUCAAGUAGCUGUGAAAAAUGUCGCAUCUCUUCGACCGACAGCGUUACCGACAGCCACCCUUCUAUUGAGUAAUGAUGGGAAUCGGAUCCCGGUUCGAGCAUUUUUAGACAGCGGAUCUCAAAGAACGUUCAUUAACCCAGAUGUUGUUGUUGAGAAAUUGAACUUAGUGCCCAUAAAGCAAGUGGAACUUACAUUAAUUCCGUUUGGAGGUAAUGUUGAAACUAAAAUGUUUGAUGUAGUAAGAGUAAUGGUUCGAGCAGGUACUAAACGUAUCAAAUUAAAUGCUGUCGUUUGUAAUCAUGUUAACACUUCCAUACACACACCUGGUCUACACAACGUGUAUCUGCGAUUGCAAGAACGAGGUGUUAAACUGGCAGAUAAGAAUAUUGAAUCAGAUACCCUCAGUGAUAUAGGUUUGAUUAUUGGUGCUGAUUAUUAUAAUGCAUUUGUGUAUUGUCACGAUAAAUAUGACGAUGUAUGUUUGCUUGGUAGCACCACCGGUGCUGUUAUUUUUGGUCCUAUACCCAAUUGGGCUUUUAAUGUUAUCAGUGAUGAUGAAAAUGUAAGAUCUGUAAUAAGUACACAGAGUAUAGUUUGCUCGAGAGUCACUGCUUCUGUAAAUCCUCUUGACGGUGAGGAUAUUUCUAGACUGUGGUCAUUAGAUACGAUCGGCAUCGGGAAGGAUGCGCGAUCCUAUAACGAUCAAGCAGCGAUCGAACAUUUCAAUGAGACUAUUGUAAAGACUGAUAACAAAUAUACGAUUGAUUUGCCAUUUAAGAGCGAUGCCAGACCCCCUACGGGUUAUAGAAAAGCUUUAGGUCAACUAUAUUCACUUAAUAGAACCUUUCAGUCUAAACCAGUCAUGUUUGAUCAAUAUCAGUCUGUUUUAGAUGAGUAUGUUAAGUUAGGAUUUAUUGAGGAGGUAAAGUUAGAAGAUAACUCCUUUGAUCCAGUUGAUGGCAUUAAUCAUUAUUCACCUCACCACCCAGUUCUUAAGGAAUCUGCUACGACUCCAAUUAGGAUAGUUUUCAAUGCAAGUAGUAAGGAGUCACACCAUGCAGUGUCCCUCAAUGAUUGUUUACAUGCGGGACCUAAUCUGGCGACAAAAUUGACAGAUAUGCUGCUGGAAUUUCGUCAGAACAAAUAUGCUGUAGUAGCAGACAUAAGUAAAGCUUUCCUUAGAAUAGGAAUUAAUGAAAAUCGCAGAGAUUUCACAAGAUUCUUAUGGUUUGCUGAUAGAGAUUUUAAGUAUGUCAAAACUUUCAGAUUUAAGGUUUUAUUGUUUGGAGCAACUUGUUCACCUUUUCUGCUGAAUCAGACAAUACAGUAUCAUUUGCAAAACCAUUCAGAUCCCAUCGCCAGCUCAGUCAAGAAGUCCUUUUAUGUGGAUAACUUUAUGAAAACUUAUGAGAAAUGUGAAGAUUUAGAACUCGAGAGUAAUAAGGUAAACCAAAUUAUGUUGGAAGCUAAUAUGCCUUUGGGAGAAUGGGCUAGCAACUUGAGUUCAUUUAAUGAUAAACAUAGCCCAGAUACUGUCAACUCGAAUGCAGUAAAACUACUCGGUCUCUUGUGGGAUACCUGUAAUGACUCAUUGAGUGUAAAGAUGCCUUCUCAGAUUGUUACAUAUUUGAAUAAUCUAGGAAAUGUUUGUACUUUGACUAAGAGAAAGGUUGUGUCUCUCCUUUCAACCAUCUUUGAUCCUUUGGGAAUAUUAACGCCCGUAACAAUCAAGGGAAAACUAUUUGUGAAGAAAUUGUGGGAACUGAAAACUGACUGGGAUGACGAACUGAUGAUGGAUUUAAAGAAAGAGUUCGAUGAAUUGUUAAACCAACUCGGUUCUAUUGAGGAGAUCAAGGUCCCUAGGUCUUGUUUUCAUGAAGGAACUUGUAGAUUACAUGUAUUUGUUGAUGCCUCUCAUGUGGCUUAUGGAGCCUGUGCGUAUGUUGUUAGCAGUAAGCACACAAGUCACUUGCUAAUUAGUAAGUCUCGAGUAGCUCCGAGCCCCCCACUCACUAUCCCCCGUCAAGAAUUACUUGCUUUGACUAUAGGCAUGCGCCUAGCUGUUCAUUUGCUAGAGAUUUUUGGGGAUAAAUUUUCAGAUUGUACUGUUUGGAGUGACUCACGAGUAGCUUUGAGUUGGGUAUUUUAUGAAAGAUCUAAAGAAGUGUUUGUAAUCAACAGAGUAAAGGAAAUCAAGGACUUGAAGUCCAGUCAUAACAUCAGGUUGUUAUAUGUCAAGAGCGAGGAUAAUCCUGCUGAUUUUGAUUUAGUUACACGAGGUAUUUCAAUGUCUCUUUUGAGUAAGUCAGGUUUGUGGUUUCAUGGCCCGACCUGGAUUAUUGACAAAAAUAAGUUUCCAGAACAAGAGGAUGUAGUUUACAUAGAGUCUGUUAAUGUAAAUGAAAUUAUUGUAGAACCAGUUUUGAGAAACCCUGAUGAUGAUGUACUUGUAUAUAAAUAUUCUGAGUUCUCAUUGAAACACGCAUUAAGGAUUGUAGGUAGAUUGAUCUUGUUUGGGAGAAGAAUAUUUCCUGAUAAAUUCAGGGGAAGUAAUAAUUUACUUGUUUUAAUCAGAAUCAUGCAGCGUCAAGCUUUUCCAACGCUAUAUUAUGCAUUGACUAAUGGGUUACAAACCAGUUCUAGUGUUCCCUCUGAGUUAAGGAAUCUUAUCAGACAAUUAGGACUUUAUGUUGAUGAAAGUGGUGUCAUUCGGUGCCAAGGAAGACUUCAUAAUGCAGAAUUGCCAGAAUUCGCUAAGCAUCCAGUAUACGUCGGAAGCCGACACCCCUUAUGGCAACUUAUAGUGUCUCAUUAUCACAUACUUAACUUGCACUGCAACACGAAUACACUUGUGGUUAUAUUGAGACAACAGUUUUGGGCUGGAAAAAUGAGACAGUCCGUUAAGAAGAUCCUGAAAGAGUGCUUAUUGUGUAAGAAAGCACAAAAUCAACCUAAAAGUCUGCCUGGAUUUCCCCCGUUACCACCCGAACGAAUUAAGCAUCAAGUCCCUUUUUCCUGUGUUGGCGUCGACUAUACGGGAAACAUUAAUGUGGCUGAAAAUGAAGCUGAGAACGAGAAGGCAGAGAGGCACAGAAACAUCGAGUCUUCAACCAUCUGUCCAUUAAGCAUAGGAGAUUUGGUCCUUAUAGUAAAUGAUAAUUGUAAAAGACACAAGUACCCUUUGGGAAUCAUCAAGAAACUCCACGCAGGUCCUGAUGAUGUUAUAAGGACAGUCGAGAUAAAAUCUGCAAGUGGAAAUUUUUUGAGACCAUUGAAUCAAGUCAUUCUACUCGAAUGUAAUGUCAGAGAGGAAUCAACAACAGAAAGCGGACAGAAUGAAGUAGGCGAGACCAGCGAGGCCUUAAACGAGGCUGGCCAUAUAAACAAAACAACAAAGAAGACGAUGGAGAGGGCCGAAACCAAGGACGUAGGAGACGGCCUAGAGAGUGUUGCGGAGGAUGACCCUACGACCUCAACAGGUUCCCCGCCUCUACAAGUGAUGUCUGAUCGUCGGCCCAUGAGAAGAACUGCUGCUAAGGCCGACGAACAAAGAAAACAGUUGAUUCGAGAAGGAGCGUUAUAA